AUGUUGGUAGCACAAUAUCUAUUAGGUUCAACGGUCAGUAAUCAAAUAUGUACUUCUUCUAUCUCUAAACUAGCCAUGUCCGGUUCGGUUAUUAAGAACGUGGCAGUUGUCGGUGCAAGUGGCAGUGUGGGCAGGUUCGUGGUCAAGGCCCUGCUAGAGGAGAACUUUCAGGUCACUGGAGUCACCCGCGAAACAUCAAAGGCAACAUUGCCCGAAGGCGUGAGACAUGUGAAAACCGACUACUCUGCAGCAUCACUUCAAGAAGCAUUCAAAGGACAAGAUGCGGUCGUCGGCGCAAUUGGCAGUAUAACUCCUGGAGAGGCAUUGACCCUCCAAAAGCCUCUUAUCGAUGCUGCCAUUGCAGCUGGUGUAAAGGUUUUCUUCCCUUCUGAAUACGGCAUCGACACAUCAGACCAUGCUUCAAAGGACUAUAUCCCUUUUCUCGUGGAUAAGAUCGAGACUCUCGACUACAUCAAGACGAAGCAAGACAAGAUCUCAUGGACAGCCAUAGUCUCCGGAGGGAUGUUUGACUGGGGCCUCGAUAUUCCUGGUUUCGGAGGAUUGAACAUCCCCGCUGGAACUGCCACAAUCUUUGAUGGUGGUAACAUUCCCUAUGAGGCGACAACCCUCGCUCAAGUCGGCAGAGCUAUAGCCAAAUCCUUGAAGAAGCCAGAACUUACCAAGAAUCAAUACGUCUACGUGAACAGUUUCACAGUGACACAAAACCAGGUUCUAGCAGCCAUCGAAAAGGCAUCUGGAAAGAAAUUCAAGACGUCAGAAAGCACAGUGGAGGAAUUGUUCUCAGGCGGAGCUGAGCAGUGGAAGUCUGGAAACCCAAUGGGUGUUUUGGCCAUGAUUGCUGGAGCUGUCUAUGGCAAAGGAGGGCUCGCCCAGUUCUCCACGAAGCAAGGACUGUGGAACGAGAAGUUGGGCUUGCCACAGGAAGAUUUGAAUGAAGUUGUGAAGGCGUAUCUAGCUAGAAAGUAG